AUGAACGAAAAUGAAGUAGAAAACAUGGUUCAGGCAAACACAAAAGUCUUUAUACAUACAAAGCAGCAGGAAAAGAAUGUAGUAAAAGAAAAAUUCAUCUACCUUAUCCGUGAACAUCACUUGACACCUACCAAAGCAGCCAAGCAACUCUCGAUUUCUCAGCGUACGACCAACCGUUGGUUUAAACAGGCCUUCCUGAUCAUCCAACACAACGAUUAUACCUCUGUAAAAACAAAAGCAACUCUUAAGAAGAGACUAUCGAGAGAAAAACGCAAUGAUUUCUCGACUUUGGAAGAACGAUAUCACUGGGCAAUGCGUUGGCUUAUUCAGACAGAUAUGAAUUUCACUAAGAACUGUAUCUUUGUUGGCAAAACAAGGUUUUGUGGACCCGAUUAUACAGCACUGGCCUUGUGUGCUUUUCAUGCUCAAGGCAUUGUAAAUAUUCAUGUCAUUAACAAAAAAUAUGGUGAGACAGAACAAGAGGAUGAAAAUGAUUUGUCAUCGUUUUUACAGCAUACAUUGGACGUUUUAGAUCAAAAUAAUGACAGGCACAAAAACUAUUAUAUUGUGAUUCAAUAUGAUUUGAUUGAAAUGGACAUAGCUCGACGAGGAUACACAUGUGUCUGUCUACCGCCUUUUUCACCUGAACUAAACCCAAUGGAGCACUUUUGGUCUGCUUGUAGACUCAAACUAAAGAAGACAUUGUGUGCCAAAAACAUGUUGAUUUCAAAAAUUGCUGAUAUUUGCAAGAGAAUCAAGUUAACACAUCUUGAAUCGUUCUGUCUCAAUUCAAGCUCAAACUUUGACCAUUGUAUCAAUAAACGAUUAAUUUAA